AUGCCAGAGGCACUGGGCGCUGCCUCCAAAGCACUCGUACGGCCUGUGCAUGGGCGGCGACAUCUGCAGGAGCGGAGGCGGAAUGAGGCGCAGGAACUCGCGACCAGAAGCACCCCUCUGGCGCAUUCCUUCGAGAUUGGGGGCAAGGCAGCACGCGCAGCGUACGACAAUCAAGAAGUCAUGCGGCAUAUACUGGAGCUGGUCGAUCGGUCAACGCUCAUCAGCCUCUUCCGGCUGGAGAAGGCGGCUUUGGGGAUGGUGGCUGAGGUGGUGUACGAGGAGAUUCAUGUGGAUUCUGCGCGCAGAAUGAACGGUCAGAAGAAUAACCGUCACUUGAUCUACUGCGCUUCGGUCAAAUCACUCGACUAUUCUCCUCUUCCAAGCACCGAGAACCCCAGCGUCGCUGCCGCUCGGCACUGGCUGGACGACCGGCCUGUCCGCUUCAACCCCAAAACCGUACACUCCGCGGUAACGAAAUGGAGGAAGCGGUUUCCGCAAUUGCGCACGCUGCGUUUUCUCAACCCGCCUAACGCGGAGGACGACGCCUACGAGAUCGACAUCUACUUUGAUCGCAUCAUCGUCCACCUCCUCAGCCGACACACCUUCGACCAACUCCCUCCUGGCCCGGAAUGGAAAUCCGCCACAAUAUCGGCGUGCGCCUCGUUCACGCACGGCCCUGGCUCGAUCCCCGUCCGAGAAGUUGGACAAACUGGCUAUAUCGCAACUCUCAUCUCGAUCAACGGGUCACGGGCGUACGAGUCUACGAAGGCUUCCCCUUCCCAGUGCCCUUUCGGCUCAUUCUUCGCCUGCGCUACCAGACGGGCGGGAGAGAUCGGCGAACCUAUCACGGAAAUGUCGCUACCAAUCGACUAUCUGGCCGACAAUGACAACGGGCCUCUCAUGGUGAAGCGCGUACAGCUCUUGGCAGCUUCGGUAGGUCCGUGCCUUCGGACCCUCGACUUGCACUUAAUCGAUGCGCACGUCAAGAAAGCGGCCGAUUGGACGCAGAUGAUCGCUACUCUCGACCAAGUUUUUCCCUUACUCGAGCACCUCAUCCUCACCGGAAUUCUCCCGUGGUAUGCCCUGGGCCCACCUCUGGACGGCAUGCGGUCUUUGCGCACACUCACUCUGGAGGCGUACUGUACCCAAGCGGAGCUCGCGGAGUAUGUUUGUCGGCUGGGCAGCGGACCCUGUAUAUACCACAACCUCUCCCUCAAAUCGGCUCGAGAAAGCGAGGACUUCAACAAUCUCGUUGCGGAGUACAGAUCGAGAUACCUCAGUGAGAAAUGA